AUGCUCAUCCUACUCAUCCUCCUCGUCUCGGUAAUCCAUGCCCAAAUUCUUCCCACCACGGCCACUGGAGGUCUAAUUCCAACGAUCUCGACUUUACCAAUUAUUACUACCGAGCUCCCACCUCAAGUCACCACGCCCACUUGGGCCAAUGAUGCCGGGAGGAACACGACACUACGGGUAGGAAUGAUAGUCACCGAAGUGCUACAACCACAAAUCGGAUUUUCAACAACUGGCGGUGUCAUCACCUUGGCUCUGCAGCAGAUCAGGGAUGACCAUCUACUAGAUUCGGUCAAGUUUGAAUUUGUUGUCAACUACACGGACUGUACGGAAUCAAACGCUGCCGGGUUGGCUGUCGAAAUGAUGAAGGAGAUGGGCGUUGAUGUCAUUAUUGGUCCGGCUUGUGGAGCUGCUAUUAUCCCUGUUGGCAUCCUCAGCGGCUACUAUGAGAUUCUGCAGGUUGCUUGGGGCUACGCAUCUGCAGCUACACUCUCGGACAAUGUUCGCUUCCCAUAUAUGACGGUCGUUACCCCAAACUACCGACAACUCGGAUACGCAUUCUCUGCUCUGAAUGAAAUGUUCGAUUGGGAUAUCGUGGGACUUUUCUACGCCGAGGAUGGAUACGGCGCGUGCAUUGACAUGAUUGGAGAUGUAUCGGAUGCUCUCAGUGAUAGUUCCACUUAUCAAUCUUCCGUCAGUACCACACAAAAGGUCUCGAAAGGGAGCACCCGGCAAGCGAUGGUGGCUGCGCUUCAGAAGAUGCAAGCGAGGGCAAGAAUCAUCGGAGUCUGCCUACCUGACGAUGCGACAAAACGUGACUUCUUGAUCGCGAUUACGGAAUCCGGCAUGAAUACGACCGAGUACGUCUACGUUUUGCUUGACAACCGUGGCUACGGUUUUGGGCAGCUGGGAGUUUCGGAGACUGCAGAGAAACUGGACGGCGGCUAUACCCCAAUGUGGAUCGACACCAUCAACGACAACGCCGACGGGCUUGACGACGUCGCAAAAGCAGCUGCCACCAGGAUGCUAGUGAUCGACCUGAAAAACGACGGAACUGUCGAUGGGAAAACAUCUGCAGAUCUGGGUCCAGAGAUGCUCGAAAACGUGAAGGGCUACCCGUUCUACUGCUCAACGAGUGACUGCUUGGAAAAUACGAACACCUAUACCGGGAUGGGCAGCUUCGGACAGCAACUCUUCGACGCUUUCCUCUACUACGUCUACUGCGUCAACGCUUCCAUCACCUUGGACCCUCAGAAUGGACUUCGCAAUCGGAGUGUAUUCAAGCAAGAAGCAUUCCCGAACUACGAGAACCCAGCCACGGCUGUUUGGCAAAGCCGAGGUGGCAUUCAACCAACUGCAACCCCUAGAUGCGGAUUCUCCGGAAAAAACUGCCCCACCAGUACCUGGGAGCAAAGUGGAGCCUAUAUCAUCGCAGGAUCAGUCAUCGCCAUUCUGCUACUACUCUGCUUUGUCGCUUUCAUAAUUUACAUCAUACGCGAAAAGCGCAAGGAGCAGCGGCGCCUCGACUCGGAAUGGCAGAUUCCUUACCAUUACUUGGAACGGACUGGGAUGCGGGAGAGUCGGAUCGAGGAGAAAAGCAUGCAUUCGCUUCAUUCCUCAAAAUCUGGAGCUUCGAAAUUUUCUGUUGGCAGCAAGGCCGAGACAGCCACUGGGGCUUAUUUUAUGUAUUUAGGCGAUCCCGUCUUUUGCUACAAAUACAAACAGAUCAACAAGUUGGCGCCGAGCGACUUUUCGGAAUUUCGAUUGAUGCGAAAACUAGAACAUGACAACGUCCACCGCUUCAUCGGCAUCUGCCAUGACCACACGCCGAUGAUGUCGGUGUGGAAGUAUGCGAGUCGUGGGACUGUAGAGGACGUCAUCGCCAAGGGCAAUAUCAAUCUGGAUGCCUAUUUUGCCAUCUCACUACUUCGAGAUCUCGCCGAAGGCUCCGCAACCUGCUGGAUCGACGAUCGCUGGCAGCUGAAAGUCAGUGGAUUCGGAUGCGCUACCCUCAGGCUGGGCGAGAAGGUAUCCAAGAAAAGAAUGUUGUACUAUUCCCCGGAGAUGCUAAGAACCCCUGGGUUGGCGCCGACCAAAGAAUCUGAUGUCUACGCAAUGGCCAUAAUUUCCUCCGAGAUUGUCACCAAGAAAUCGGUCUACGAUAUGGACAACCGGAAUGAGAAGGUUGAAGAAAUCCUCUACCAAGUAAAACGCGGCAACCCAACGAUCCCGAUGCGCCCGCAGCUGAAUAUUCCGGAAGAAAUCGAGCUUCACCCGGCCGCUGUCCACAUGAUACGAGAUUGUUGGUCGGAAGAAGCCGAAUCGAGGCCAUCGAUUUCUACUGUUCGAACCAUCAUUAAAUCAAUGACAGCACAAGAUGGCGGUCAGCAAAAUUUGAUGGACCACGUCUUUAAUUUGAUGGAAUCCUAUGCGGAGACCUUGGAGAAAGAGGUAGAAGAUCGCAUGGCCGAGCUUGUCGAGGAGAAAAAGAAGAGUGAUAUCCUGUUGUAUCGAAUGUUGCCAAAGCAAGCCGCCGACAAGCUAAAACUCGGCCAAUCCGUCGAGCCCGAAUCCUUCGACAGCGUCACAAUAUUCUUUUCCGACGUUGUGCAGUUUACGAAUUUGGCCGCGAAAUGUACUCCGCUACAGAUUGUCAACCUACUUAACGAUUUGUAUACCACGUUUGAUACAAUCAUCGAGCGGCAUUCGGUUUAUAAGGUGGAAACAAUCGGUGACGGAUACCUCUGCGUGUCCGGAUUACCCCACCGGAAUGGCAUCCAGCACGUCAAAGAAAUUUCCGAGAUGUCGCUCGAUUUUUUGAGGGCUGUACAGCUUCAUCGUAUCCCUCAUCUGCCGCAAGAACGGAUAAAUUUACGAAUCGGGAUGCACUCCGGAUCUUGUGUCGCUGGAGUUGUAGGACUGGCAAUGCCAAGGUACUGCCUCUUCGGGGAUACGGUAAACACGGCUUCUCGCAUGGAAAGUAAUGGAAAACCGGGUCGAAUUCAUAUGUCUUCCGAUGCCUACCACCUGCUAUGCCGAGUUGGUGGCUACGAGACGGAGCCCAGGGGUGAAGUGAUCAUCAAGGGCAAAGGCGUGAUGGAGACGUUCUGGCUGGUGGGCCGCGGCAACAUCGCGGCGUCGUCUGGCGCUGUCAGCCCGGACCCGCUACACGAUCCAAUCCAGAAUCCGCUCGGAAAUCGGGUGUUCCGCUCUCGCGAAGUGGCCCAACCAGCGACGAGAGGGCGCGAUCAAACCCCACCAAUGCAAGAUGUCACCCGCUUGCAGACACCACAUCUAAAUGAGGUUCCCCCAACCUACGAGGAGGCGCGG